GAUGCUGAAGGUGCUCAGGAAGAACUUCUGCUGUCCCGCAGUUCACGGCGGUGAACAAAGUGACCGGGGGCGUAAGAUGGUGAGUGAGGAACUACGGCUACGUGACUACUGAGCAACAGGGAACGUAAGUGAAGCGCUGAACUCCAAGGGGUGGAAAAUGAGUGCUUUCAAAAAGCACUAUGGUCUCUCUCCCGGGACCUUCAGAAGAUCUUUGUCAGAACAAGAUGCUGGCGCGGCUGCCUUGAGGGACUAUCACUGGUACCACCAAAUAAAAUGCAAGAAGUUGACUAAACAAAUGAGUUUUGACUCAGAGAGAGCCCUUGGAGCGCACAGGUGGCAGACUCAUCCUUGGCUUCCCUGGAGGAUAAGCAAGAGAGAGGGCUCCUCCAACCUGAGAGGGGAGCGCGGUGAUCCAGGGCUUGCCAAAAGUUCUGCAAGCGUGGAUGCUGCCGGUGCCGAUGAUCUCCAUGAAAACCCAGCUGAGACGCUUUUCCAGGCACGGACCAGAGCGUUGCGGGUUCCCUUCAGCCGCUCCCUGUCCGAGCCCGUGCCGCACGCCGGGGGCAGGAGUGCAAAGCCAUUCCUGCCAGCCGUGCGCUCGGUGGACGCCGAGCAGCAGGGAUAUUUCAUCCGGGGCAUCUUCUCCUCUCUCUCAAGUGGCUUUUCCAAGAUAAUGAGUCGAAAAGGGGAGCCUGGCAGUGAGUCCAUAAACGAAGGGAAGACAGAGGAUGAUGAAGUUGGUUUCAGUACAGAUGUGAAAGGACCACCUACACACAGACUGUCCUGUGGCCAGUCCCCCUACACUGACAUGACAACAUGGGAGAGGAAGUACUGCAUCCUGACGGACAGCCAGCUGGUGCUGCUCAACAGGGAGAAGGAGGUGCCCACGGAAGGGAUGCCGGAGCCGCAGGAUCCUUCCCGCGGGCGCUGCCUGCGCCGGACAGUCAGCGUCCCCUCCGAGGGCCAGUUCCCCGAGUACCCGGCAGAGGGGGCCGCCCAACUAGAGGUCCCAGCAGAGAGAUCUCCUCGCAGACGGAGCAUCUCGGGGACCAGCACCUCUGAGAAAACCAACUCCAUGGAUGUUCCCAACACCUCUCCCUUCCGAGUACCAGGCUUCUUCAGUAAACGCCUGAAAGGAUCCAUCAAGAGGACAAAGAGCCAGUCCAAGUUGGACAGGAACAUAAGUUUCCGUCUCCCAUCUCCCAACAAUUCCGAGGACAGACCACGUGAGCUGCCCAAGCUGAAGGAGUCCCGUUCCCAUGAGUCUUUACUGAACCACGCCAACACCAUAGAGACUCUGGAUUUUGCAGCAGAAGAAGCAGUUUAUGUCAAACCACUCCACAGCAGCAUCCUUGGACGAGACUUCUGCUUUGAGGUAACCUACUCCAAGGGCAGUAAAUGCUUCAGUUGUUGCUCUGCAGCAGAGAGGGACUGGUGGAUGGAAAACAUACGCCGAAUAUCGCAGCCGAUGAAGGACAAUUGCCGUCGAGCUGAGAACGUGCUGCGCCUCUGGAUCAUUGAGGCCAAGGACCUGACCCCCAAGAAGAAAUACUUCUGUGAGCUGUGCCUUGAUGACACUCUCUUUGCCCGCACCACCAGCAAAGCAAAAGCAGACAACAUCUUCUGGGGGGAGCACUUUGAGUUCUACACUCUCCCACACGUUCAGAGCAUCACAGUUCACAUCUACAAGGACGUGGAGAAGAAAAAGAAAAAGGACAAGAACAAUUACAUAGGGCUGGUCAACAUUCCCACGGCCAGCGUGACCGGCCGCCAGUUUGUGGAGAAAUGGUACCCAGUGAGCACACCUACAGCCAACAAGGGGAAGUCAGGGGGGCCUUCCAUUCGGAUCAAGUCCCGUUACCAGACCAUCACCAUCUUGCCCAUGGAGCAAUACAAAGAGUUUGGGGAGUAUGUUACCAGCAACUACUCCCUGCUGUGCUCCGUGCUGGAGCCUGUGAUCAGCGUCAAGAACAAGGAGGAGAUGGCGUGUGCCUUGGUGCACAUUCUUCAGAGCACUGGGAGAGCAAAGGACUUCUUGACGGAUUUGGUGAUGGCUGAGGUGGAUCGUUGUGGGGAACACGAUGUCUUGAUCUUCAGGGAGAACACACUUGCUACCAAAGCUAUUGAGGAGUACCUCAAGUUGGUAGGGCAGAAGUACCUUCAGGAUGCACUGGGGGAGUUUAUCAAGGCUGUGUAUGAGUCAGAUGAAAACUGUGAAGCGGAUCCCAGCAGGUGUUCUCAGAGUGAAUUAGCAGAUCAUCAGUGCAACCUGAAAAUGUGCUGUGAGCUGGUCUUCUGCAAGAUUAUCAAUUCCUACUGCGUGUUCCCUCGUGAGCUGAAGGAGGUCUUUGCAUCCUGGAAGCAGCAGUGCCUGAACAGGGGCAAGCAGGACAUCAGUGAACGCCUGAUCAGUGCCUCUCUCUUCCUCCGCUUCCUGUGCCCUGCCAUCAUGUCCCCCAGCCUCUUCAACCUCAUGCAGGAGUACCCUGACGACCAGACCUCCCGCACGCUCACCCUCAUUGCUAAAGUCAUCCAGAACCUCGCCAAUUUUGCCAAGUUUGGCAUCAAAGAAGAGUACAUGGCCUUCAUGAAUGAAUUUUUGGAGCACGAGUGGGGAGGAAUGCAGCGUUUCCUGAGGGAGCUCUCUAACCCGGAUACCAUCUCCAACAUGCCUGGAUACGACGGCUACAUCGACCUGGGCAGAGAGCUCUCGGUGCUGCAUUCCCUCCUGUGGGAGGUUGUGUCCCAGCUUGAUAAGGGUGAAAAUUCCUUCCUACAGGCAACCGUGGCAAAACUGGGACCCCUUCCUCGUAUUCUUGCGGAUAUCACAAAAUCAAUGACCAACCCCACACCCACGCAGCAGCAGCUGAAGCGUUUCACUGAGCACAGCUCCAGUCCAAACGUCACGGGAAGUCUCUCCUCGGGACUUCAGAAGAUAACCGAGGACCCCACCGAUGGGGACAUAAACAGACUGAAGUCUCCAACCCAGGAAAAUGUAGAUGGACAUUUUAGGGGCAAGACCUUACUGCUGGUUCAGCAGGCAUCCACCCAGAGCAUGACAUGCUCGGAUAAGGAUGAGAAGGUAAGUGUCUUGCCCAACGGACGUAGCAUCUCCCUCAUGGACCUCCAGGACCCUCACACGACCCACGGUGACUCUGGUUCCAUGAUGCACGACGUGCCUUUGCGCCUGGCCGGCAGCCAGCUCUCCGUCACCCAGGUGGCCAACAUCAAACAGCUGUGGGACACUCAGAGCACCCCCCAGAGCGCUCCCCAGGUUCGGAGGCCUCUGCACCCGGCUUGGAACCAACAGGGCAGCCUCCGGCCUCUCUCAUUCCAGAACCCGGUUUACCAGCUCAACAACCCGAGCCCGCCGAUGGCCAAGGCCUCUGUGGACUCCAGCCCGGAGAACCUGAGCACUGCCAGCUCCCGGAGCCGCAGCAACAGCGAGGACUUCAAGCCCAGCGGGCGCAGCAACAGCAGCCUGGAGGACUCUGCCAAGCGCAGCUCGCAGAGCGAGGACUCGUCCCGGCGCCCCGCGGGCACGGACAAGCACGUGCCGGUGGUGCUGCCCCGGCAGAACAGCAGCAGCCAGGCCCAGAUCCGCAAAAUGGACCAGACCGUGCUGGGCACCAGGGCCAAAACGCUGCACACCCUGACACACAGCCCUUCCCUGCGCAGCACGGGCAGCAUGUCCGGGGCGUCGGGGGCCAUGGGCACCGAGCCCAUCCAGAACGGGAACCGCUCCCGGCACCAGUCCUCCUCCUCCAGGGAAAGCCCCGUCCCGAAGGUGCGGGCGAUUCAGCGGCAGCAGACGCAGCAGGUGCAGUCGCCUGUGGACUCUGCCACAUUGUCACCGGUGGAAAGGACGGCUGCCUGGGUGUUCAACAACGGGCAGUAUGAGGAGGCCAAGAAGGACACAGCACAGAGCCUGGAUGAUGUCAAGCACGCUGAGAAGUACGAGCAGGAGAUAGCGAAGCUGAAGGAGCGCCUGCGGGUGUCCAGCCGCCGGCUGGAGGAGUACGAGCGGCGGCUCCUGGUGCAGGAGCAGCAGAUGCAGAAGCUGCUGCUGGAGUACAAGUCUAGGCUGGAGGACAGCGAGGAGAGACUGCGCAGGCAGCAGGAGGAGAAGGACAGCCAGAUGAAAAGCAUCAUCAGCAGACUCAUGGCCGUUGAAGAGGAGCUGAAAAAGGAUCACGCAGAGAUGCAAGCUGUCAUUGAUGCAAAGCAGAAAAUCAUUGAUGCACAGGUCAUAAAUGGGGAUGAGAUAAUUCCAACAGGAGAAGCGGAUCGUGUUCCUGGACUCGGCCAACACGCGGCUGAUGAGCGCCCUGACGCAGGUGAAGGAGCGCUACACCAUGCACGUCCGGAAUGGGAACCCCCCCAAGCUUUCCAUCACGGAGAAUGGUGAAUUCAAGAACAGCAGCUUCUGACCCGCCCUCCCGGUGCUGCCCAUGGAGCCGAGACGGAGCAGACUCGACACACACCCCCCCACCUCCCCGUUGUCGUUGUUGUACAUAGUUCUGUACAUUGGAAAUUGUAUUGUUUAAAAACUGUACUGUUUGGGGAAAAAAAAAAAAAAAAAAUUUGUUCUAAAAUUAUUCUAAAGUCGUUUUAAGAUUGUAUUUAAAGAAAUUGUAUUUAAAAUUGUUUUAAGAUAGUAUUGUACAUUUAAUAAAGUAUUGUACAUUUUUUUCAGUUUAAUAAAAUUGGAAAACCGAGUCUGAAGGGUGGGCUUUGAUUCCCCACUCAGGGCCAGGAGAACCAGGCUCCCGAGAACAAGUCCUUCCGGAUCACUGUGUAAAUAGAGGGAGCUCUUGGGUCGUGUACAGAAAAUGCCAAUGUAAAGUACCAAAAGGAGGUGAAUACUGUAGAUUUUUUUAAUUAUUGCUAUUUUUUUUAUUAUUAUUAUUAUUAUUAUGUUUUUCUCUUGUUGAAAGCACUGCAGUCCUGGGAGGAGGAAGAGGGGAGUGUGUGUGUGUGUGUGUUGUGGGUGAGAGAGGUGAGCAGUGGAGUACCUGAGACAGCAGCUGGCUGAUAGGAGGACAUGAGUGGAAUGGAAUGGAUUCCAUAGGAAAACUCAUCGGCUGGGUUCAUUCCCCUCUUCCCCAGCUGGUCUUUAACUGAACGCAAACUUGAUAGCAAACGUUUUAGCAAGAAAACUGACUCUUGCUGUGUCCUGUACCUGCUUUCAAUAGGACUCCAGGAAAAAAAACAGUCUUUCUGACGAUUUUGACAAGGUACAAAGUGGGAGCAGCAACCUGGUUUCCUUGCAUUUGCACAGUCAGGCUUCCCGUCAGACAGAGGGAAUCUGCAGGAUUUCCUGGUAGGAUUCUUUUUUUUUUUUUUUUUUUUAACUAAUGUAGUUUUAUAUUUUCUGUUUGGAGAAUUUACAGACCUGUAAAUACUUUUUUAACAAUUUCUAGCCAGUCCCCACUGUACACACUGUGCAGCUGCACCCUGAAUUCCCUCUCUGCACUCCAUCCGGAACAACCAGGUUAAUGCUCUCGGAAAGGGCUAAUCAAAGGGUGCCCGUGCCCAGCACAGGAGAUUCCAUAUGCAAAAUUCCCUUUUUCUAGAGAAUUUCUGUAUUUUAAUGCUCGCUCAUUUUCAGUGUUUCAGCCACUUGCUUAGCCAGUCUAGUUCCAAUUAAAGGUGUGAUCUUCCGUUUCCACUGAAAUUUUCUUUCUCUGGAUACUUUAAAGGAAUGAUUUUUUUAUUUUUUUUUUUUUUGAGUUCUGUAGACACCAGUUUUCCUUGAGGAGUUUUGACUAAGCUUUUGUCUCCAAUUCCUUCCAGUUGCAUUUCAUAGAAGCAUGCUUACAGGCUGUGUGUGAAUGGGAUAUCAUUCCAAAGUGACCUUCUCCUGGGAAAUAGUGACAUUCACAACCUGCAACAGGUGAGCAGGAAAUGCCUUUGUAUUGUCAAUUCUCGUGAUUUCACCAAAUGUCACAAUAGUUACUCUGAGAGGUUUGGGGUUUUUUUAAAGCCCCAGGUUCUGGAGUCAUGUAAUAGCACGUGAAUCUUCACUUCCAGUUUUUGCUGUGCAUUUCUGGCCCCCAAACUCACAGUAAAUAAACUUAUUGGAGCAGCAAUUGAAAUUUUGAAUUACAGAAAUGUACUGAUAACGAGUGUGAUUAACCAUUCACACACGUUGUGGAAAUUGGAAAAGUUUACUUGAGUUGGAGACAAAAGCUCGAGGGGUGCCUGGGUGUGGGAUGUGUCAUGAAAAAUGCAGGAGUGUCCCAGUUUCUUGCACGUGAAUUAUUGGCACAAUACUAAGACCCUGAUUUGGUUGUCAGGUUUGCUUGGGGUUUUUUUGGAAAUGAAUGAAUCUCUGUGGUUAAUGCAGCUGGUGGGUGCAGUGUGUAACUGCUGUGCCUGAUGCUUGUGUCACAGUACUUGAGUUACCAUUAUCACCCCAGCGUGUUCCGUGACUCUGCAUCAGUGCAGAGCCCCUGUGUCCUGCACUGUAGGAUGGGUGUGGAUCAAUCCUGGCAAGGCCUUCUAGAGCUCACUCGUCUGCAGCCAGUUGGGGUUGGUGUUCAGUGCUGGGUUCUUUGAGAUCAAAGCUGUUCUGGCUGCUGGGCUGUGACUUGGUGCUGAAGGCCGAGGAGCGGCCCUGGCUUGUUUGGGGUCAGCACAGACACACUGGGGGUUGUGCUCUGCAUUUGCUCAGCAGUGAUUACUUUUCCAUACUUUCCAAACUGUCUUCCAGCUCUAGGUCCUCGCUGACCUCUGAUAUUUUCUUCCUCAAACUGUGCCUUUAAGUUCCUCCUUCCUUCCUUCCUUUAUGUCUCUCAGCCGUAGAAGCCUCUCGAGUCUGUAUUAACCUGUCGUGUGAGUGGCUCUCUGACACAAAACCUUUGCAACCCCCUGUUUGUGGAGUAUUGUGGAGUAUUUCUGUGGGAGCUGCAUCUCCCCACAGCUAUGUGCUGGAAUUGCACAGCUGCAGCACGGGAAACAUGUUCCCAGAAGUAGCCUUUUGGGAUGGGCAUGUGCAUUGCUGACUUGUUGCAGAGCGCAGAUAGUGGGGUGUGCUGUGACCGAGGCGUGAAAACAGCUGAUCUGCACUGAUAGAAUGAGGCAGAAGCAGAUGUGUUGUUCUGGGAGUGUGAGUCUGGCAUUAAUUGGGGAAAUGCCUUUCACUUGUGCUCCCCAGUGCCCUGGUACUGGCAGAGGGGCUGGCUGAGUUGUGUGGUUUGAUGCUGAAGGCUCUGUCUGAGGUGUCCACUUUGGUUUCUGCAGCGAAAUGCAAUAGGGGCAGCAUUUCAGCCUGGAUUUUUAGAGGGGAAAUGAUCCCUGCCCCAAGAUCCAUUUGUUUUGGUGAGGUCUGAUCACCUGUUUCAGUAGUGCAUCGCUCUAACAAUGUGUUAGAGCUUGUAGGAAAAAGUAGCAACUCUUUUAGAGUCUGACCCAUCAGUGUGGUCCUCACAGCUUGUUGCUGGGCUGGUUGUUUCUCCCCUGAGGUGCAAAGUGUUCUCCUCCGAGUCCAGCCGCUGAGGAGAUGCUGCCUGCUGACCCCAGAGGGGGUGAGGGUUGCAGACUCAGUGUUGCAAGACUAGAAUUGAUCAGCUGCAGCACAAAACACUCUGCUCCUGGCAGCUGUCUCUCCUGGUUUGUUACUGAGCAGCUUUCCAGAGAAAUUUUCAGCCGCCUCAAGCUGACAAUAUGUGAAAAUGCCAGUUCCUAUUUCAUCCAGACUGAUAAAAAUUCAAGUGGCACUAAACCACGUGUCUGCUCGGGAGCAGGAGCCCCUGCCUGGGCCUGAGCACGUUUGGGUUUAGACUCGUAGCCAGUGGGUUCUGCAGCAGCAAGGGAGGGAAUAGUGUGAUGUGUGUUAUGGGGAGCGUGACAGACACUGGGUUUGGGUUUGUACUCUGAGCAGAGGCACUGGGCUGUGUCUAAUCCUGUGCAAGGAAACAGAGGAAGGAGGGUCGGAAAAAUGGAAUAGCCUGCAGGAGGAAGGAAUACUCGUGUAUUCCUCAGACUGAACAGGAAAGUCGCCCCAUCCUGGCAUCUCGGUCAGUGCUGGCCAUGCUAUUACCUUUCCAGGAGGAUUCUUCCCAAACCUCAAAGCCACCCAGGCUUCUGAGCAGCCUCCUGUGUGUGGCCUCAUGGCACACUGUGUGUGGUGUCUGCAGAGUGUGUGAGAGAUGGCCAGAGUGACAUGGGAUAGGCACUAAGAGGACAGAGGGAGCACAGCCUAGGGGCAGCAUCCUGUAAAUCCCUGUUCUUUGCAACUCCAGGAAUUCAGACCCUUUUUUUUUUUAAGGGAAAUAGAUUUCACAUCCAGGAAUUACAAGCUGUUUUUUCCCUGUUGUAUCAGAAAUGGGCAGCUAUGCAUAAAAGCACAGAUUCAUACAGCUACACAUUUUGCCACGUUCCUCUCCAGUGGCAUAACUCAGGCAGGGGAUCUACAGGAGCCUGGAAAGGGAUGUGUGUACUUUCUAGUUAGAGAGUAUGAGGUGUAUUCACUAACAAAUUCUUUAUCCAUCUAAUAAAUCCUCUGAGAAAUGGGGUUUGUUUUAUGUACAUGCAUUUGCUUUGGGUUGGCUUAGCUUGUUUUUAUUUCCCAUGAUAUAUUAAUCUCAUGUUUUAAUGCUUGCUUAAGCCCACCAGCUUCUGACUUGAAGUCCAUCAGUUGUCCAGCCAUGCCCGUGGGAUGUGUCAGCAAUACUUACCUGUGUGUGUGAAUUCUGCUUGUGUUCUGCACAAAUGUCUGUGUUGUUUCCUGGAAAACAAUUCCUGUCCAGGUUGGACCACAAAAUGUAUUUCCAUCAGCGAUUGGCUUGGUCAGACACAGGUAUCCAGCUGAGUCUGCCAGAGGAAAAAAGGGUUAAAUUUAGGCCAAUGUUUUUAGGUGUUUGCUUCUCCACAGUAAGUUAACUCCCAGCAGAGUGAGCAUGUCCUUACAGAUCAUGCCUGCCAGGAAUCCUACCUGUAAAAAUAGACUUUCUGUCUCAAGGGCCUUAAUAAGAGUGUUACUACACAGAACUGUUUUACAGUGAUAGCUCUAAAUAAUUUAUUUUUUAUUUCAACAAAGUACACCUUAAAAAGGAAUAAACUUGUUUUUCAAGGCGUAUUUUUAUGCUCAUAGCACUGGACUGUUUGGUCUCUGAGAUCCAUUUCUGCAUUUCAUUGCCUGGGUUUGUUCUAAAGAAGAUUUAUUUUUGUUCUGUGAAUAAUUUUUGAAGGUUCUUGUAAUAUGUACAGAUACAGAUACAUUUGAGGACUUUUAUUGAUAUUCCUACAAAGAAUACAAAUAAACUUUAACUUUAAACAGU